AUGGGGCGUCUCAUUCCUCUUGUCCUGAAUCAGGCCUCAGAAACUACUUCCAACCGUUUUUUGUCCAAUCCACACUCCGGUCCCCCAGCUUUCGAGCUUCCGCCCGUUCCAGCCAGGUCCAAGAAACGCCGUCCUAGCCCUAUAGCGGACUUGACAAUAGUCCCGUAUACUUCUACGGAGUGGAGGAAGGCCAUGGCGGAAGUGAAAGAGCUAUACGAUAAAAGACAGUAUAAACAAUGUUCAGCCAGGUGCAAAGAGCUAUUUGAUAAUGUCAAAGACUCAUACGAAAUCCAUCCCAUCUACUCUAUCUACGUCGCCUUCUACGCCGCCAGCUCCUUUGAACUGACUGCCCGCUCCCUCCAUAACAGCACCAGGACCAAGCUCCCCCUCUUCCAAGAAGCCCUCACCUUCUACGAAAAAGCAGAAUCCUACAUACAAUACGCCAUAUUAACUCCCGACCCGUACUCCUCAAAACACAACUCCACCAGCUCCUCCAUCCGCUCUUCCUCCUCCUCAAUCUUCUCCCAACUAUCACUACCCCCAAGCUCCUCCACCGCAUCCUCAAUCCUCGACUCCCCCACCUCCUUGGCCUCAGAAUCAGACUCAGUAACCCAAAGCCUAUCAUCCACCAUCCACCAUCCCCAGUCCCGACACACGAAGAAAAAAGUCUCCUUCUCGGAAUUGACGCCAGAAACGAUAAGUGAGCCGGACGAUGACGAUGAGCGCUCGCUCUUAGAUAGCUUCCCCAGUCCGCCGUCCCAUGCCUGCACCUCCCCAAUCUUCAGCUCCAGCUCCCAAGCCAUGACAACAGCAACAAUCGCCGAAGAAAAGAACCAACACCUCGAAUCAAAGGCAAGAGAGCGUACAAAAGCCCUAACACGCUACCACACGCACCUCUUUACGCUCUCCACGCAACUAAAAUACCACACGACCUCCAUUCACUCACAAAUGGACAUCCUAUCCCUUACGCGCCACGCUAGGUGCUCAGACUCAAACCUACCUGAUCCAUCUUCCUUUUCUUCGGGCGUAGCCGAGGAGAAAGAGAAGAAAGCGGAUUUGCAGGAGCGUAUCAAGAGGGGUAGGGAAACGGGGUGGGUAAGGAAGCGGUUUGACGGGCGGAGGUAUAGGGAGUUGUGUGAGAGGGCGAUGGGGGAGGUUGAGGGGGGGAUCUUCUAG